AUUAAACAUUUCGAAACAAAGAUUUAUAAAUUUGUUGUUCAUCGCUAGCCAACAAUAAUACGAAAUUGUGAGAUAAGUCACUAGUCAGUGCCAAGAUGAAGAAACGGUCCUAAAACAGUAUGUGUUCAACUAUAAUAUGAAUAUCAUAACUUUGGCCUCAAGUUCAGAAUUGUCAUUGUAAAUGUUUACGUGUCUUAUUAGACCGGUAUAAUUAAUAAAUAUAUUUGUAACGAUGAACAGAGGCAAGAACAGUAAUUCUAAAAUGGCAAGAACCGAGACAACUGAAGAAACAAAUGGGUACAAGCUCCUCAACAGUGAAAGUAAGCCUCCAGAUAUUAAACAUGGAAAAGAGAAUUCUUGGGUGGCGGGGGUGCAGAUGUUUGUGUCUUUCUUGCUCGCCGGCUUCGGUAUGGUUGCUGCAAGCCUUGUGCUUGAUGUGGUGCAGCAUUGGAAGGUGUUUGAGCAAGUAUCUGAAGUGUAUAUACUAGUGCCUGCCCUCUUAGGGCUGAAAGGAAAUUUAGAAAUGACGUUGGCAUCGCGUUUGUCUACUCACGCCCAUUUAGGGCAUCUGGACACUGACCUGAGUGCAUUAGUGGUAGGAAACUUGUGUUUGAUACAAUGUCAAGCUGUUCUGGUAGGAUUUUUGGCAGCCAUGGCUGCAAUAGCAAUGGGUUGGAUACCAGAUGGGCAGUUCGAUAUUCAUCAUGCAUUACUGCUUGCAGCAUCAAGUGUUCUCACUGCUUCAUUUGCGAGUUUUAUCCUAGGCCUGAUCAUGAUUGGUGUCAUAGUUGUUUCAAAGAAACUAAACAUUAACCCAGACAAUAUUGCCACUCCUAUAGCUGCUAGUCUAGGUGACCUGACAACCUUGGCACUGUUGUCAUGGAUUGCAUCGCUGCUGUACUCAAAUAUUGGCACAAGUGUUGUACUGCCGUCUAUUAUUAUCAUUGCUGGCGCAAUUCUUGUGCCGGUCUGCGGUUACAUUGCCUGGGAUAAUAAGUUCACUAAACAAGCUCUAGAUGAAGGGUGGGUGCCGGUUGUCUCUGCCAUGGUUAUCAGUAGUAUUGGUGGUUUAAUUUUAGACUACACAGUAGUUAACUAUGAGGGUAUUGCAGUAUUUCAAUUAGUUAUUAAUGGUAUAGGAGGCAACAUGGUAGCAGUGCAUGCCUCUAGACUGUCAACUGUGUUACAUACAGGAGACAAGCCCGGGCCUCUUGUUGGCAAAACAACAAAAUUAUUACUCUUGAUGGUCAUACCAGGACAGUUGAUAUUUAUAUACACUAUAGGCUAUUUGAAAGCUGGGCACACAUCUAUGACCCCUAUAUUUAUCCUCAUUUACAUGUCUGCAGCCUUACUACAAGUUUUCCUCUUAUUAGCUAUUAGCCACCACAUGGUUAUUUGGAUGUGGAAGAUGGGAAUGGACCCUGACAAUUCUGCCAUACCUUAUUUGACAGCACUGGGAGACCUGCUGGGCACGGCUUUGUUAGGUGUCGCUUUUCAUAUACUAUAUGCCAUAGGAGAUAAAGACAAAGAUUUAGGAGAUUAAUGUAUGUACUCGAGAUAUUUCAAGUGGCUUUUGUUCAGUUUUAGUUAUAUCAAUUUUACUGAGGCAUUUUGUUUUAUUUAGUGCCAUUCAAAACUAUAUCAUAGUCAUUAUUUUUUGACUGAGCACAUAUCUCUCGAAUAUAUUAUAAUAUACUAA